GCGUAAUAUCUUUUUCUUCACAUUUUGAGGUGUGUCUAGUUCGUGGAUGUCUGCGUGUCCAGCUUGUGGAAAACCAGUUUACUUUGCUGAGAGGAAGACUUCUCUUGGGAAAGACUGGCAUUCUGGUUGUCUAAAGUGUACCAAAUGUAAGAGAACUCUGACGCCCGGAUCACAUGCAGAGAAAGACGGUAAGCCUUAUUGCAAUGUGCCGUGCUACAGUUCACUGUUUGGCCCUAAAGGCUUUGGCCAUGGAGGCACAGAAAGCCACCGGUAUUAGCUGUGAUGCUUUCCCAACUGGAGCAGCUUUGAACUGUAUGAUGCUGUACUUGGUAUAGAGGUAACUAGAACAUUUAGGAUGAGCUGUCAGUGUUGUAAAUUAAUUUUGUGUAUGAGUAAUUCUGUGAUUAAUUAAUUUGUGAGUGUAAAUUCAUUGGAUUUGUCUCAUCAAGGAGAUGGAAGAGAAACAUAGUCUGUUUAUAACGUU